CCGUCGAAGUCAAGGCAGGCGUCGCCUACCACUCGUUCGCCCGGCCCGCCCUCGUCGCCGGCUACUAGGCCGAGUGUAACUAAGCCGUCGAAAUGGGCAAGGGCAGAACGGCACCGUGCAAGAAAACGUGCUGCCGCCACACAGACGACUCUCCGUCUCGCUAGAGCAGACCCGCAAAUCCGCAUCUUAGGGUUCUCCUAGGGACGAGGACCAAACGCCCAUCCCAAACCCGAUUCACGAUCCAGAGAAAACCAACGCCCGGCCUUUUACGCAGCCCGCUACUGAGGCAGCAGACAUGGCGGGCGACGACGCGCUAGUCUGGAUCGACUGCGAGAUGACGGGGCUGGACCCAGAGACGGACGAGAUCCUGGAGAUCUUCUGCAUCAUCACGACGGGGACGCUGGAGGUGGUGGACGCGGCGGGGUGGGGGGUGGUGGUGCACCAGCCGCCGAAGCGCCUGGCGCAGAUGGGGGCGUGGUGCGCGGCGACGCACGAGCGCAGCGGGCUGACGGCGGCGUCGCUGGCGUCGACGGUGAGCGCCGCGGCGGCGGCGGAGGGCCUGCUGGCGUACGUGCGGCGGCACGUGCCGCAGGCGGGCACGGCGCUGCUGGCGGGCAACAGCGUGCACGCGGACCGGGCGUUCCUGGCGCGCGGCCCCUACCGCGCCGUCCUCGACCACCUGCACUACCGCAUCCUCGACGUCAGCUCGCUCAAGGAGGCGGCGCGGCGCUGGUGCCCCGCCGGCGUGCUCGCGGGCGCGCCCGUCAAGCGCGCCCUCCACCAGGCGCGCAACGACAUCCUCGAGAGCAUCGCCGAGGCGAGGUAUUACAAGGACGCGAUAUUCGCGGGCGGGGGGGACGAUGGUGGGUUGAGGUGGCGAGGGGAAAGCCUGGAGAAGGACGUGGAACGCGCAGGAGAGGACUGAGGGGAGGUUGGGUUUGCCUGCUUCGCAGUGACUACCUAACCUGCCCGGC